GUUUAUUUUCCCGAGGAAACGUGUCAGGUUGUUGUCAACCACUUUCCGCGCUUUCCCUGCGGAAUCCAGCAGGAAUGCGUGACCUCACCGCUCGGCGUGCAGCAGCUGGCUGGCUGGCUGCAGGCCGAAUAAAUAAAACCGUGUUCGUGUGUGACAGCCCGCUUCAGACUGCCGCAAAGAUCCCUCUGCGGAUGCAGGUCAGGAGCAGGAGGAGGAGGAGGAGGAAGAAGGUGGAUGACCAAAGUCACUUUCACGCACAAGUCGCAUCACGCCAUCGGAAUCUCCUGCAGCUGCGCAGACCCUCUGCAGUCAACUCCAGCGCCACGCCAGGGUUUUUCCGGACGAUCUGCGCGGAUUUGCGCGACUUAUUUAUUUAAUUUGCGCCUUAUAUAAUCCGCAUCGAGCCAAAACACACACAGAGAGAGAGAGAGAGAAGCGAUCGGAUCGUCUUCGGGCACCCAUGCCUAAGUGUUGUUGACGGAGCUCAAUCGGCGGCGCUGACCCACGGUGUGAGGUGGGCGUCUCACUCACAGAGGACAGACCAGGUUGAUCACGUCGUCUUCCUCAACCCUCCUUCAUCUCGUCUGACAUGGCGGACCCCAGCAUCACGUCUCCCUCCCGAACGCCCAUACGCUCCCCCCACGCCCCGCUUAACCUCUCCUUCCCGUUCCCGCGGGACGGGAACAGGGCGUGGCAGGAAGGGAGGGAACCCCCGCUUCCCCGCGACCUGCCCAGCCCGCUGCCGACCAAACGGAACCGCACCUACUCGGCCACGGUCCGCGCUCACUCAGGUCCAGUUUUCAAGGGCACUUGCAAGAACUUCUCCAGAUCACAAGGCCACGGCUUCAUCCAGCCGAUGCACGGCGGAGAAGACAUCUUCGUUCACAUCUCAGACAUCGAGGGCGAGUACGUCCCCGUCGAGGGAGACGAGGUCACGUACAAGGUGUGCCGAGUUCCCCCUAAGAACAUUAAGGUGCAGGCGGUGGAGGUGAAGAUCAUCCACCUCAACCCGGGGACAAAACACGAGACCUGGUCCGGACAGAUCAUCAGCUCGUAGUCGCCGAGAUCCGCUGCCGGAGGACGGCGACGCUCCGGCUCGUGUCGGCGGCGCUCCUGGACUCUUUGCUUCGUUUAAAACAACAACAACAAAAAAAAAAACAAACGUCAUCUUUUAGAAAUAUAUGUUACUCUGCUCUGUGUCAGUCGGAGCUGAUAUGAAAUCGUUACUGUUGCAGGCAGGUACUGAUAGGUUCUGGUUAAGCUACUGCAACAAAUCCUCUUUGUGUUAUUUAUGUUUAAAUUGAAGCGGGGACCAAAAAUGAACAAGUGGGAGGAGGGGCUUUUUUUUUGUUUGUGUUAGUUUGUUCACAGUUGGUGUAAAAAAAAAAAAAAGAUACUGGGAACAACAUUAAUCAUGUCUGUAGCGAGGACUGCAGCGCGCACGUGUGUGUGUGUGCGUGUGUGUGAGGACACGGUGUGUUUUCAGUUUUACUUCCCCUCUUUGCAGCUGUACUGCAUCAAAGUUUCCAGGGUCACAUGUUUGCUGCGAGGGUUUUGCCGUGGGACUCAUCCCACCCAGUCUGCGCUGUCGCCACGUCAAACGUGCAAAUUUAAAGGUGGAUUGUAUGAAACUCAGACAACAGCUGAUGCAAAAGGAGGCGACGUUCAGGAGUAAGACGGGUUAGUCAGGGGAAAGCCAGGGAAGCCGUGAGGACUUCUUACUUCUCCUCUCAUGUCUGCUUACUGGUUUCACAUCAUUAUUAAAAAAACCCCCCACAAAGUAUCAUGUGACAGACGCAGGAAGGGUUCAUUUGACCUUGAGCAGACAAACUACUGCCUUUUUAUCAACAGUGAAAAGAAACAUUUCCAAGUCAGUAGUGAUUCCUUUAUACACAUGAAUCUGAAAUUGGGUAUAGGACAGGAAACAAAAGAAGAUGUUACAAGGGGAAGACAUUUUUAGCUAUAUUUUUUGAGGAGAAGAAAAGAAAAGGCCUUUUUGAAAAUAAAGUAAAAGUUUAAAAAUUCUCAAGGAAUCCCAGAUCAGUGAAGGCUAAUCCAGCUCCAGGUUGAGCUGUCGAAACGUUUUAGAUUCUGAACAAGUUGUCAAAACAUGUUGUAAUUGUCCUUUAGUUGAGUGCAGAAUAGGAAUCUGCGAGUCAGUGCAACGUUUUUCUUUUACAUUUCACAAUGUAAAUGUAUGGACAACAGAAAACCACUCAGCAGCAGAAAUGUCAACGAUACUUUUAUGUUUUUGUUUAUGUUUUUGAGUACCUGGGCUGCCCCCGGAUGGAAUGACCCCGAGGGCAGAGAGCCACGUCGUCCACAUAAAAAUAGAAAUACACUGCACACAUAUCCAUAAAAGUGAAUUUACUUCACCGUCCCCUGUGUGGAUAUCCCUUCAUUUGUGUGUGAAUCGAUAUAUUUUUUCGUCAGAUUAUCACACGCUUUGCAUUUUGACCUGCGACUUUGCAUCAGAAAUGUCACGGCUGUGGCUUUUACUGCCGGUGAGUGAAAAUUGUGUGUUUGGGGAAAUGUGAAGGCCUGAGUCACCUUAUCCUUUCGGUCACAUUGUUAAAGGAACUCCUCACAUCGCAGCUUCUCAGGCUAAACGGGACAACACACCUCGUUUUCGACUGCAAGUUUCCCUCCGUCACGUGUGUCCGUGUUGUUGCCUGAAAGGGUGCUUUUAUCACUUCAACUGAGCCUUGGAAAAAAACAAAAAAACAUUAAAGUGUGAUUUAUGAUUUGAA